AUGGAGCCAAAAAAAUCAGUUAAAAGUAAUAAAAAGCCACCAGGUGGUGGCGCAAAGAAAGCAAAUGAAGGAUCAACAAUAAAUCAGAAUCACCAACAACAACAACAACAGUUACAACAAUCACCAACAUCAACAACAAGUUCGUCACCAUCUUCAUCAUCACCUGUAUCACCAAGUUUAGCAUCAACCACCCUAUCAUUGUCAUCUCCACCAUCACCAACAAACUCAUCGUCACCAUCAACAUCACCAAUAAUAUCGGCACCAAAACCAGAGGAAGAAGAAUUAUCAAUAGGAGAAAGAGAAAUUUUAAAUAAAAAUAUCCAAGAUAUAAAGAAAAAGAAGCAAGAGUCUGACCAUGCACACAAAAAAGAAAAGCAAAAGAAAAUGGAAGAAAAGAAAAAGAUGAUUAAUGAAAUUGAACAUAAAAAACAUGAAGAAGAAAAGAAACUAAAGAAAGAGGAGGAAGAGAAAAAAAAGAAAUUAGAAAAGGAGGCCAAAGAAAUUGAUCAAAAAUUACACGAGUUAGCUAAAACAAAUCCCUCGAUCUCCUCUACAUUGGGUCGUAAUAGUGGUUCAUCUAUGCUACAUGGUAAUAACAGCUUAUCUAAAUUUGGCGGUACAAUAGGUAAAGGUGGUGGCAGCAAACCUGGUUUUGGUACAAUUAGCGAUUCUAGAAUAUUAGAGGCUUUAAAAAAGAAACAAAUACAAGGUGGUGGCAGUGUUAGUAGUAAUAGUAGUAGCGGUAGUAAUGAAGGUAGUUUAAGAAAAUAUAGCUCACAUAACUCAAUUGGUAUUAAAUCUGGUAGUUUGUUUAGAACAAUUUCAAUUCCACGUUUAUCAAAGCAACAAAUUUCAGUUUUGGAUGUAUUUAAUCAAAACGGUAGUUCAAAUUCAAAUGGUAGCAGCCCAAGCACAAGUCUUACAAAUUUAUCAUCGUCAUUACAAUCAGCACCCAAUAGUUUAGCAUCAAUGUUCAAUGCACCCUCCUCAGGUAAUCUUUCAACAAGCUCAGCAGGAAAUACCAAUGGGUCACCAUCAUUAUCAUCAAAUCGUCCACACUCAAUCAACUUAAAUGGUAGCUCAAGCUCAGCAGUAUCAUCAGCAUCAUCACAACAUUUAAAUCCAAAUGGAACCUUUAAUUUUAAGAACUUUAUACCAAAUAGCACAAGAAAGACUAAACUUAACGAUUUUUCUGCUUCGCAAAGACUUUCAUUAAAGGAUAACUUCUUUUCACCAAGCAACACCCAAAAGAGAUGGGAAGAAUAUGUAAAAAAUAUUUUACCAUCCGAGCAAGAGUUAGUUAAACAAAAGAAAGAACAAGAUCGUUUAAGAGAGGAACAAGAACAAGAAUUAAUAAGACAGCAAAAAUUACAAAAGGAAAGAGAAAAACAAGAAGAACAAGAUCGUUUAGAUAAAGAACAACAACUAGAAAAAGAAAGAAAAGAGGAAGAGAUUAUUAAAACUGAUAGCGAGCAAGAAGAGGAAGAAGAAAUUUUAUCGCCAUCUAAAAAACAAGAAAAGCAAGAGAAAAAUGAUGGUGAUAGAUUUAUUACUGCUUUAUUAAAUAAAACUCCAGCUUCAGUUGGUGCCGCCAAAGGUUAUUCAUUAAAUAUUCAAGCCAAUCCAGAAUCUCAAUUUUCAACCAAAACUGAAAAACCAGCAGAAAUUGUCAAUAUUUUUAAAUAUGGUUCAAUCGAUAUUGAUUUCUCUGAAAUUUUCGGUGAAGUAGAAGAUCUUCAAGGAUUUAUUAUGUGGACCGUUACAGGUUUUGGCGUCGAAGAAAGAGACUAUGAUGACUAUCCAGUAUUACAUUCAAAAGAUACCUAUUUGGUUUUCAAUGUAUCAAAUGAACAAAAAGAUUCCAAACUUUAUAAUAUUCAUAUUUGGUAUGGCAAAGAGACCACAUUAGAUAAAAGAGGUACAGCAGUUAUGAUGGCAAUUCAACUAUCAACCCAUUUAGGUGGUGCAGUUAACCAUUUCACAGAAGAACAGGGCCGUGAAAGUGAGUUGUUUACAAAAUACUUUUUCUCUGACGAUAUGAAUGGAAUUAAAUACAAAUCAGGUGGUGCAGAUUCAGACUUUUUCAUUACCAAACAAUUGGAGGGCACUAAAAAGGUCUAUCUCUAUAAAUUUGAAAUUCCACCAGUUGAAUUAGAUUCAUGUGCUUCAAUUAGUGUACGUAGAAUGGCUCUCUCAAGAAAAUUAAUUCAAGAUUCAUCAAAUGACAUCUCGUGGUUACUUUUAAAUAACAACAACUCAACUAUAUAUAUCAAAUUUGGCACAAAAUCCAAUUUGGAUAAUAAAGUAUUGAUUAGAGAAUUUUCAAAAGAAAUAGAAACCUAUUUAUCAAAGAAAUUAAAAAUUAUGGAAUUAAAUGAUGAAAAAGAAUUUUGUAAACUUAUUAAACAAUUAAAAACUAAAGAAUACAGAGAUAAAAGUUUUGAGUAUUCUGAAGAAGAUGAAACUAUAGUUAAUCUUUAUAAAACUUGUAUAAAGAGUACUGGUAAACUAGGUUUAGAGCAAAUUGCAGAAGAAUAUCCUCUAUAUUAUAAGGCUUUAUCAAAAGAUGAAGUUUAUAUUUUAGAUUGUACUACCGAUAUAUUUGUAUGGUGCCCAAAAGGUAUUUCAAGAAAGAAGGUUGCCGCAGCCAAAGAAUGUGCUAAAGUAUUUUACAAGGAAUAUGAACGUCCAGCAUGGGCUGAAAUCCGUUGUAUUAGCUCAGGAAAUGAACCACCACUCUUUAAGAGACAGUUUAAAGGUUGGCCAUUACCAAAACUUGAACUAUCGCAAUGUGUGGAUAGUUUCAAAAUGGCUGCUAAAAGAUCAAAUAUCUCAUCCGAUAAAUUCUACUAUGAUUUCCACUAUAUCAAUUUCACAUGCAGAGAUGAAGUCAUUUUACCAAUCUACGAAAAUCUUCCAAAUGAUAAAGUUGAUGUUUAUGGUGUAACUCUUCCAGAUCUUCAAUUCUUCCGUUUAGAACCUGAAGAAAAAUGUCACUUUUACGAAGAAGAUUGUUUUAUGGUUAUGGUAACAUCAGUCAAAGAACCAUCACCCUAUGCCGUUAAUCAAAAUGAUAUUACACAAACUGUUAUUUAUUGGUGGGAGGGUGUCACUGCUGAUAAUAGAGGUUUUGCUAUGUUUUUAAUGGGUCUCUAUCCAAUUAUUGCAAAUAAAUUUGAAGAAAAAGGCCAAGCUAGACCAUCUGUCUAUUGUAUUACUCAACGUAAAGAACCAUCACAUUUCUUAAAGGCAUUUGAUGAAACAUUAAUUAUCCAUAAAGGUAGCAGAUUUGAUGAUCCAGAGAUUUGUCAUAAAGUAUAUCAAUUUAUAAAUGAAGGUCCAAAUACCUAUAUUCAACAAUUAGAUCAAAAUAGUGUUAUAUUAAAUUCAUAUAAUGUAUAUUUCAUUAGAUCCGCCAUCGAACAAAGAAUUACAAUUUGGAAAGGUCAAAAUACAUUUACACCAUAUGAAGAAUUGGAGGCAUUUGCCCAACGUCUCGAUGAAGAAUUUCAAGUGGAAUUUUAUGAACAGGGUCAAGAAUGUAAAAACUUUUGGGAUAUGUUACCAGGUGUCAAAAAUCCAAAUCCAAUGGAUAUAGAUUUAUCAAAUGAUAGUUUAUUCAAAUUUUAUCUCUCACCAGAAUCACAAGUUAAAAUGACUCGUAUUAAUAGAAAAUAUCCAUCAGAUUUAAAGUCAACAGAAUGUUGUUUAUUAGAUUCACCAGAUGUAUUAUAUGUUUGGAUUGGCUCAAAUUGUUCAUCAUCAUUAGAAAAUAUAGUUUUAAUUUUUGUUAAAGAUUAUUGUAAAUACUAUUCAAUUCCAGAAGAAUCUAUUCAAAAAGUUAUUCAAUAUAAUGAACCAAUUGAAUUUAAAUUAAGAUUUAAUGCAUGGGAUAGAAAAGAAGAAUGGGUCGAUCCACACGAAUCACGUCAAUGCCAAGUUGCUUUACAAAAAACCCUUUUAUAUAGAAAACAAUACGAAGAGGAACAACAAUUAUUUAAAGAGUAUUUGGAGUAUGCCUAUUCAUUAUCUGAUGAAGAUGAAUUAGAAGAUUUUGAGACUUGGACAUUAAUUAAAAAAGGAUAUUUAGAGAUUUCAGAAGAUGGCUUUGCUGUACCAGUAUCAUCACCUCAACCAAAUGGCUUUAAUAUUAAUGGCCAUAACGAUAAUGACACAUCACCACCAUUAUCAGCCUCAUCAACAUCAAUUUCACCAGCCCCACUCUUAAAUGGUAAAAAUUCUAAACAAGAUUUUUCAAAUGUAUCAAAUAUAGUUCAAUCACCCAAAAACAAUGGUUUACCACCAUUACCAAAAUCUUCCAAAAAGAAGAAGUUCUUUGGAUUAUUUAAAAAAUAAAAAAAAAAGUAAUUAAAUAAAAUUAAUUAGUUAUAUAUUAUAUAAAUAUUUAUAUAUAUUU